AUGACUUUAACCCCUGAAGUGGCGCAAGGUCUAGAUAUCAACGAUGUUAGAGAAACCGAAGGGUCUGAAAGCUUUCAACACCAGCUUGUCGAGGGUGAUUUCUUCCCUUCUGCCGUAGACGACAUCAGUGUGGACCCGGAGCUCAUUGCAGAGCUGACUGGUUCCAACCCCGGGCUGAUGAUGGCAGAGGACGAGGUCGAACUCAUACCACAUAUUAGCAGGCCAAAGCGAUCGGCAAUAGCCAAAGGUGGCAGUGACAAAAAAAAGAAACGCGUUAGGUGGGCUGACAAAGUUGAUCUGGAUAUUAGCAACGACGCUUCUGGAUGCUCGUUAAAUCAACGGUUGCUGAAACAUGUCAAAACCUUUUGCAUACCCCUUAGCUCUGAAAUAAGCUCGUAUUCCUUGGACGAGGCAAAUGUACAAAAUAACACGACUCAAUUUCCAACCGUGGGAUCACCACCACCCUCAAUUUUCCGUGAAAAAAAAAACACAGAUGGCAGUGUUUAUAAAUUCUGCAAGGCCCAGCGGCCAUCAAUAUACUUUAUAGAGUGGGGGCGCCAACCGCAUGGUGCCGAUCAGGUACCAUUUCGGACACAACCGGUGGAAAUUGACACCGUGCCGAGCAAAGCGAUGACUCUUUUUAGCGCUUUGUACCCCAAAGAACCGAGGAGCAUUCCGGGUGACUAUGCAAAAGCGCGAGUCGCCACUGGCGCCCACCAAACUUCUCGGUGCCCCCAGCUCCCCUUUAUUCGAGUCGAUACCCUGCUGAACGAGCCGCUUCGAAUCCCCCUUUAG